AUGUUCUCUCACAAGAGCGCACGUGAUCAAGCGAUCGUGACCCCACUUCCGCCUAAAGCGAAAAAAAUCGACACAGAUAUCAUCAAGAAAUCUUCUGGGAAUUCAGAAUCGAAUGACGAAGCUGGUCGUGAUGAUAUACCAUUACUAAAACCCAAUACACUGACUGAGGAAAUGCCCAAGGUUGUUGAAGAAGAGAUGAUUGUUGUUGUUCUUCCAUCGAGAUCCUCAUCGUAUCGGUCGAUGAGCUGCUUGUGGGUUCAUUACAACAAGACCGAUAUGUUUGUUAGGCAGCAAGACCGCUUUCUGCUGUUCUUCCGCUGCUUGAUGGGAUCAUUGGGCACUACAAUGGCAUUUUAUGCUAUGUCAAAUAUGCCGCUAACUGACGCUAUCGUUAUCAUAUUUACAUCACCAAUUUUUACGUUUUUUUUGGCGGCUAUCGUACUUGGAGAAGCCAUCGAUUAUGUCGAUUUUUUUGGUGGAAUCACCUCUUUUGUCGGUGUGCUUUUCGUGACGAGGCCAGCAAUUUUGUUCCCAUCGCAAGAUCUAGAAAGUAGCCCACCGAUGUUAGCAAUCCUUUGUGCUGUGGGUUCAUCCAUUUCACAAGCCAUUAUAUACAUUUCUAUGCGGAAGAUGAAAAAUCUGGAUAGUGUGCUUGUGAUUCACUACUUUCUCAUGUUUGGGGCUUUUUAUUCUACCUUUAUAGUCUGGGCUCUCGGAGUGAAAUUCGAGCUGCCAACAGACCCACGAUUCCUUGUCUCCAUCGUUUGUUGCGCCUUCUUCUCGCUAAUGGGGCAGUGGUUUCUCACCAAAGGCUUCCAAACUGUUAACGCGGGAAUCGCAUCGGUCAUGCGCUAUUUUGACGUGGUUUUUGUCAUGUGUCUUGAUGCUUUGGUUCUCGGCGAGUCCAUUAACUUUUACAGUAUGAUUGGAGCCGCCAUUAUCAUAAGCGGUGCCUCCGUCAUCGUCAUGCGCCAGACUGCAUUAAAAAAAUGA